AUGAAUAAUUACAUUUACUUUGAUGAUGAAAACUACGAUCAGGAAGGUGAGUAUGGUGAAUAUAAUGGAGAAGGAAGUAGGAAAACAGAAGACGAAAGAAUUUUACAACCUUUUCAAGAACCUAAUGAAGAAGAAAAACAAGGAACAAAAGAGAACAAAAGCGUUAAAAGAGCAAAAACUUAUUCUGAAACUUGGCAUUAUUUUAAUACCCAAGAUCCACAACAUCCUACAAAAGUUAUUUGUCAAAAAUGCAAUAAAAUGUAUUCAAAAUCAACUGGAAUAAGUAUUUUGAAAUUCCAUUUGAAAAGGGUACAUGGAAUAAAAAUCAACUAUGUAAAGAAAUUACAAACCGUUGAUCCUUUGCCUAAAGAUGAAAAAUUAGCUCGAGAUCAAGCAUUGUUGGAUUGGAUUAUAGCAGAUUCGCAACCAUUUUCCGUUGUCACCAACAUUCACUUUAUCAAUUUGAUAAAAACUUUGGAUCAAAGAUAUCAUCUUCCUGAAAAAUCAUCAUUAAAAGAAAUAGUUGCGGAACGUUUUGACGAAAUGAGAAAAAAUCAAGGACUUGAAUUAAUUGAUGAUGCUAUUGUAAAAGUACGACGACUAAUGAUAAAAAUUAAGCAAUCGGAAAUACUUAGUGAUGAAUUGAGAAAUUUGUGUCAUUUUGCAAAUAUUAAUUAUCAAAGUCCAGAAUUGGAUGUAAAGACAAGUUGGAAUUCGACGUAUAAUAUGUUAAAGAAAGUGGAAAUCAUGUGGAGUGGAAUUCAGACGUUGGCCGUGAAUAGUCAAGAAGUACGAAAACUAAUGCCAACGGAAAUUGAUUGGAAAACAAUUAAGGUCUCAGCCCAAGCAAUUUCAGCAGUAACCUCUUUAUUGACCAAUUAUCAUCAUGUACCAAUCCUUGAAAAUCAUGAGACCGAAGUAGAAAAUGAAAAUCUACGUCAGCACUUGAAAAAACAGCGUGACAGUUUUAUUCCAGGAAGGUUUCUUAAAUUAUGUGUGUAUAUUGAAAUUACAAUAUGGCACCUGACUUCAAUAGGACAUAAUAUUCCAUGGAUUGAAUGUGAAGGAUGUGCCUGUGAAGAGGACAAAGUUAUAUCAAUUCCUGACAUCAUUCGAGCAUUUGGAAUAGCUGGCAAUCAAGGCGUCUCGAUUGCACCAGAUCGCAUGUUUUAUUGA